AUGGGCGUGCGAUCGCGGCCUGGCAAAGGCUCCGCAAAACCUGCUGACAAAGGGAAAGCGCACACGGAGGCGAAACCCGAAACCCCGCCGCCGGUGUCCCGCUUGCUCUGGGGUAAGGUUCUGGACAAAACCUACGAACUCACCCCUCAGGAAGCCCUCAACGCCUCACACUGGCUCCGCCAAACCAUCGCAGUUGCUUUCGGUACUAUUUUCGGCGUUUUGCAACUCACAGGAGCCCCGUGUGUCAUGACAUUCAUUCUCGCCGGCGCCAUGCUUCCGCCUGUGCUUCUAUCCAUAACAAAUGAAAUCGACGCGGAGGAAAUCUCAGCAGUGGGCUCGAUUCAGACAGAGGGUAUGAUGCCUGCGUUCGCCUUGUUUCUUUUGAGUUGGAUUCUGUCCUACACCGUGUGUUUGCCACCAGCAAGUUCAUGAGUGCGUCCUACAUUUAAGAAACGGCUACGACGUUCUGUGGGCGGUAACAUUUGACGAAAUGUCCGAUUUCUGAUGUCAUUGCUCGCCCUGGAUUUGCGAGAGCAUCAUAUCUAAUUUAUGCUUCAACAAGGGCUGUCCCUUUGUUGUGACUUUCCUGUACAGUUUCGACUGCAUCACGAAAUCACAAGGUGCACACAUGGAAAUCCCAGAAAAGAGUCAAAAAUAGUUAGCAUGUUGCCACUGAUGUGCCAUGUGAGUAGAAGCGUGAUACUAUUGAACUUUCGCGACGUCUCGCCCUCCCAGCAAACUGCUGAAGCGACAUUGUAAACUAUGCAACUUACUCGC